UUAUGAUUGCGACAGAAUAGUUUGAUUGUCUUCCUAUUGAAGAAGUGUCUUCAAUGUUAGGUUCUAUAUAAGUGAAAGUAUUUAAACCUUUUAAAAACUUAGGAAUACCCUAUCUUUGAUGUUUAAAAAGGUGUCUUAACAAAAAAGAAAGUGAAAUACCAUAAUUAUGAUGAUGAAGAAAUUGAAAUUAAAUUUGAAUGUGAAUAAUCAUAAUAUUGUACUGCAAAUGAGAAAAUUGUAAAGAUUCCUCCUAAAGGUAUCUAAAAUUUUAUAUGUUUAGGUCUUGAUUUUUUAAGAAUUAGAAUUUUAGUUCCUAGCAAUUGUUAAGAACAUUAAAUAUCCUUAACAGUAGAUGCACAUGACAAUCAUACAGGAUUGAUAAAGUAGAAGAUUAUAUUUAAAUUAAAUGUUGUGAAUCCAUGAG